CCUGGCUGUCCUCCCCCUUCGCUUUCCUUCCCUGCCCUGCCGGCUGCCGCUGCUAUUUAUCCCCUCUCUGCCACUUCAACCGCCGAAGCAGACGGCACCCGGGCAGCAGCAGCCCACAGAGAGCAGCAGAGCACACGCCCGCACACCACCACCACCACCGCAGCAAUGGCGCGCGCCGGCGCUCUCUGCCUCGCGCUACUCUGCCUCAUGGCCGCGCACUCCGCCGUGGCGCAGAAGACCACCACCCCGGCCCCGGCCACCGCGCCAGCCACCACGCCAGCGACCCCAACCAAGAAGACGCCCGCACCCGCCGCCGCGCCACCCACCACCCCCGCCACCGUGGCCCCGGCCGCCGCGCCACCCACCACCACCCCGGCCACCCCGGCGCCCGCAGCCACCCCGCCCGCCACCCUGGCUCCCGCCGCGGCGCCGCCCAAGUCCACUCCCAAGGCGUCCCCUCCCGCCCCGGCUCCCAAGGCCAAGGCCACCCCGCCCGCCGCCUCCCCACCGGUCGCCGAGCUUCCGCCCGCCGCCUCGCCCCCGGCCCCCGCCCCCGCCUCCCCUCCCACCAAGCCCGCCGAGGUCCCCGCGCCCGCACCGUCCAAGAAGAAGAAGUCCUCCUCCAAGAACAAGAAGAAGAAGUCCAAGGCCCCCGCCCCCGCCCCCGUCGUCGCCGAGGCACCCACCAGCACCAAGAAGUCCAAGGCUAAGGCGCCUGCGGCCAGCGAAGCCGAUGCACCCGGCCCGGUCGGCGAUGGCGCCGCCGCCGACACCGCGGGUGCUGGAAGGACCGUGGCAGGCGGAAUCAUGGCGUUGGCGCUGGGCCUCGUGGCCCUGCUCGCCUAGGCACGGAGCGCACGCCGACGGCGCGCGUGAGCGGGUGGCGCCUGCACCGGCUGCACCAGCACCGCACGGCCAGCCAGCUGGGUCCCCCCGGGACGACGACGAGCAGAGUUCUGACGCAGAUGCAUGCAGCCGGUGCGCCGUGCCUUUCGGAGUCGGACCCCGCUGGCGCUCACGUCCAUUGACGGCCACCCGUCUCCGGCGCGGCUGUGUUCAAUUCUUGUCCGUUGUUUAACCGGGCCGGUCGUGUAGUCGUGUGUGUAGUAGUGCAGUGCCACUCACAUUCGGUGACGGUGAUACGUUUGGUGUGGUGCGGACGUACCACCGUCGCCUCGGAUUCUUUCUCCUUCUCUUUUUCUGUACUACUAUUGCGACCCCAUUGAGAUGAUUUAUUUAUAUCUUUAUUAUUGCCAUUGGAUGA